CGGCGGCGCCCUGGCGGCCCUGCGGGCCAUGAAGGCUCACCCGCAAGAGGCUGGUGUACAGAAACAGGCCUGCAUGCUCAUCCGCAACCUGGUGUCCCGCAGCCAGGCCUUCUCCAAGCCCAUCCUGGACCUAGGGGCCGAGGCGCUCAUCUCGCAGGCGCGGGCAGCCCACCAGGACUGUGAGGACGUGGCCAAGGCCGCCCUGCGGGACCUGGGCUGCCGCGUGGAGCUCCGGGAGCUGUGGACCGGCCAGAAGGGCGACCUGGCGCCCUGACCUUGGCUCAGCUCCGCCCCCGCGACCCCCGCCCCUCCCCUCUGGCGCCCCGUCUGUCGCAGAGCUGUCUUGGCGUUUCUUUGGGGGGAAGGGCACCAUCUUCCCGCCUGAGUCCGGGCGGUGUCCACCGUGACCCUGCUCCGGGAUAUCUCGCCUGUAAAUGGGUAUCAGGUGCCCGGCUCUGCGUCUUGGCCACGUGGUGUCCAGUAAUAAAGAUCA